UCUUCAUAUCCUAUCAGUGGCCACGUUUCUUUAACCGCGCUAUCCACGUCCGUUCGUAAUCUUUUUCAAGAGACUAGUGAUCACAAGGUGAGUGUCGAAGUUCUCGUCAUCCAAGGAUUGAAAAUCUACUUGAUCUGCUCUCUGUCUCGAGAGUAAUUACGAUGUUGCUGGUACCACUGGUCAUAGUGCUUUUCUCGGCUUUCGUCAAUGCCGAACCGGCGAUCAAUGAAGCUCGGCCGCACAGUAACCGACCUGGAAGAUUCCUGUCUCUUCCGAUAUCACAAAAGUGUGCAAAUCGACCAAAACAAUUCAACUUCCGAGGACACAACUAUUUCUACAGUGGACAUGUGCCAAAUCAUGCCAAUCAAAAAGUUGACUGGUUAGACGCUAGGAACAUUUGCAGAGAAUAUUGCAUGGAUCUCGUGUCGAUGGAAACUCAAGAAGAAAAUAACAUGAUUUUCAGACUCAUUCAGCAGAACGACGUUCCAUACAUCUGGACAUCCGGACGUCUCUGCGACUUCAAGGGCUGUGAAAAUCGACGUGACCUCGAACCCAAAUCUCUCUACGGCUGGUUCUGGUCGGCCAAUCGCGAGAAGAUGGCACCCACCAAUCAGGCGCCGAACGGAUGGGGCUUCAAUCCGUGGUCGCAAACUGGCCACAAGAAGGUACGACAGCCGGACAAUGCCGAGUAUGACAUCAACGGCACCAACGAGUCCUGCCUGUCUGUCCUGAACAACGUUUACAAUGACGGCAUCGCCUGGCACGAUGUCGCGUGCUACCACGAGAAGCCGUUCGUCUGCGAGGACUCCGAGGAGCUGCUCAACUACGUGGCCAGCACCAACCGCGGCAUCCGUCUGUAAAAUCAUCGCGGUCAAGCCGACGACCACCUACGUGAUGAUCGCGAUCGUCCAUCAACGUCACAUCACUACACUCACUUUCCUUUUAUACUUCCCGUCGCGAGGCCGGCGAGACACGUGCCAAAUAAAGAUUGCGGGAUUUCCACAUGUGGCGAUUGCGCCGUCUUUAAUUCUCGGGUGAUCAUGGAGAUUAAUUUUUUUUUACAAUCUUAUUAGAUAUUAACAAAAAAGAUUAAUUCUCAAAUAAUUAUAUUAAAGAGA